GUCUCUACAACUACACUCAUUGGGCGGGACUUUGUGGUUGGUGUUUUUGGCCUGAAAAGUCACACACGAGCCACAGAUAUGUUCCCAGACUUCAGGCAUGUCAGGCUUAUUGAAUUUUAUCUGACUGACAAGCACGUGAAAACUAAGAACGUGAGUACGAGUCCACAAAGUUUAUUAGAGUACCUGAGCAUCAAUUUUUUAACCCUAGCCAACCCCAAUCUCACCAAUCAUCAUUCAUCGCACUGCUUUCUUCUUUGGCAAUAGUGCUGAAUAUGUAAGAUUCGACUUUGACGUCCUCAUAAUCCUCAUAUUUGAAAGCGGAGAGUCUGUGUUGACCCCUAUCGUGGCCCCGUCGUGCUGGCUACCUAUUGAAGCAAUAAAUCGUAUAUCUAAGAUUUGUGUUUAGAUUUAAGGUUAAGGCUUGUCGCUGACAUGGCUGUGUCUCCCUCUUGAGACUUUCGACUUUUCUUAUUCGCCAAUAUGGAAGGUCUUCUUCGCCGACACUGCGUGGAGAGGGUGGAUAUCGAGAACUUCACAUGUAUAUAAAGAUGACCUUCCAGUUUGUGGGAGGUGGAUAUUCCCCAUCAUCUUUGAAGCUCAAACGUUCCAGCUGUUUUUUUUUUGUUUCUACCUCUCGUUUUUCAGUGUGUAGUUUAGCACUUGGAAGAUUACAUUCUUUGCACAAACUUUCUUUCUGUUCCAAAUAACGUUCAUCAUGCAAUACUUUCCUAUACAAGCUCAGGAUGUCCACUUUCAAGCCUCAAGUAAAAGGAAUUCCGAUUCUUCCGAGAAUCGCACUUGUCCCGUCGAAGAUAUAAAUGAUCCUCCUCAAGUUCCAUUCGUCAAUAACCUCAGUUUCCAUCAAUUCAUUCAGAUUUUAUCAGGAGCAUGUCUAGCCUUCUCGCUUCUCCUAUCAAUCUUUCUGAUACUUCGCCAUGCAACACAUUAUUCCAUGCCCCGGGAACAAAAACAAAUCAUUCGCAUAACAUUCAUGAUUCCCGUAUUUGCAACUGUCUCUUUUCUCUGCAUAACUUUCGAAGAUGCCGCGGCUUAUAUCUCCCCCAUCAAUGAACUCUACGAGGCUUUUGCAUUCGCGGCAUUUUUUCAGCUCUUGUAUACCUACGUAAUUGAAGAAACUCAUGCGCAAUCUUUCACUGGACAAGCAUCACAAUAUCCUCCAAUUCGCAAAACCGCUAUUCAGAUCUUCCAAUUCCCAGCUAUCAUGUUCAUCGUAUUCCUCAUAGAAGAAAUUUCGGAGGCAAAGGGAACAUAUUGUGAGACGGAGAUUAAGGUUUACUUUACCAGGAUAUGGUGUGUAAUCCUCCGCAUAUGCGGCAUUAUCAUUGCCAUGCUGGCACUUCUCCGCUUCUACAAUUCUACGAAAUCCCUAACAGCCGCUCGCAAACCCCUCCACAAACUCAUAGUCUUCAAAGGAAUUGUUUUUAUAAAUUUUGUCCAGACCAUUGUCUUUUCAUUCCUCUCAUCGCGUCUCUCACCGACCAAUAAAGUUACCACUCGCGAUUUAACAGAUGGAAUUCCCAAUUUACUUAUCUCAUUAGAGAUGGUUAUAUUCUCGAUUAUAUUUAUAAAGUUUUAUACAGUCAGCGAGUACGCCAAGGGAAGUGAGACUUAUCAGGGAGGUUUCAUGGGGAUUAAAGCAAUUGUCGAGGCGGCGAAUUUUAUUGCAUUCAUAUGGGAGAUGGUCAGGUUGGCGAUGGGAAAGGAAACUACUGAAAAGGGAGGAAAUUAUGAAACUGUAAAUUUGACUGCUGGGACGGAAUAUGAUCAUAGUGUAUGAAUAAAUAUGUGGAAUUAAAUAGAUUGGAACAUUGUGGGAGGAUGAGAUGGAAUGUUGUAUUCAAUUUCGGGCGCAAAGGUCCUCGAUUCUAGUAACGCUGUCGCUUUUUGCUUCGGGGAGCUCAAGGUUAAUGGUCUAUUCAUGAAACAGGUAUCUAUUUUGCAAAAACGCGAGUGCUGGGCUUGGCGGUUCGAGUUUGUCAUAGUCUAUUUCAUUAAGUUAAAAUUGUAAGAUCUUACAUACCCAGGUCUCUUUUCAUAGCUCACUGGUGUUCAACGGCGAUACAAAAUUUGUUCA